AUGAGAUAUGGCUUGAUCCUGCUGCAUCUCUUUGUCGCGCCUUAUACCAAGGUUGAGGAAUCUUUCCAUGUGCAAGCGACUCACGAUCUCCUUGUGUACGGGUUCCCCUUUGGUGAUUCCGUCAAUCGUGCUCAGUACGAUCAUGUCGAGUUUCCGGGUGCGGUUCCGAGGACUGCGGUAGGAGCGACGGUACUCGCUGGCUUGAUGCCCAAGGGGGUUGCGACGUGGUCAGGAACUCACCAGCAAAUGAUCGCUCGCGCCAUCCUGGGCUUGUACAAUGCCUUUGCCUUGGGAAUAUUUGCAAAGGGGCUACGGAACAGCUUCGGCCAGACGGUGGCAGUUUGGUAUUUGCUCUUUCAGUGCAGUCAGUUUCACCUGAUCUACUACGCCUCUAGGCCACUGUCGAACAUGUUCGCCUUUGGAUUGACAACGCUGGCCAUGCGCCAUCUCUUACCUGAUUCGACGAUAUCGAUAUCAUCUUCCGGGGUUCAUUCCAGUCGCAAGGGCGUAAAAUUGCCCCUGCUCCUCCUGACAUUGGCGGGGAUCAUUUUUCGUGCUGAGAUUGCGCUUUUACUCGCAUUUACCACGCUCUCUCUCCUCGUCAAGCAUGGGAAAGGUGUGCUUCCGGACGUUGUGGGUGCCGGUCUCGUGGGUCUCUCGGGCGGGCUUCUCUCCACCGUCGGCAUUGACACGAUAUUCUGGAAAGGACUGGUCUGGCCCGAAUUCAAUGCCUUCUUGUUCAACGUGGUCGAGGGCCAGUCCUCCGCUUGGGGCACCGAGCCGUUCUGGUUCUACUUCCUGAACGCGGUGCCGCGACUUUUACUGAAUCCACUGGUCUACCUGAUCGCAAUUCCUGUGGCGCUGCGCAACCCCGCGCUUCGACAACCCAUCUUACCGCUGCUAGUCCCGUCGGUCUUGUUCAUGGCACUGUACAGCGCCCAGCCACACAAGGAAUGGCGGUUCAUCAUCUAUGUGAUCCCUGUUUUGACCGCUACGGCUGCCCUGGGCGCGAGUUAUCUUUGGCGCCGGCGCCAUCGGUCCAUAUUUUCGAGAGUUGCUUCGCAAAUGCUGAUACUGUCGACCCUGGCAUCGUUUCUGCUGUCGAAUCUGGUACUGCUGCCCGCGUCGGCCGCGAACUACCCCGGUGCACAUGCGUUGCAUGCUCUCCACAAAUAUCACGACGAACAUUCCUCGUCCACCGUCGGCGCUUCCGUCUAUCUCGGCAACUUGGCCUGUCAGACUGGAGUCACGCGAUUCCUCCAACGACCCGGCGCAAUGGGCUGGGUCUACGACAAGACAGAAGACGAGGACACCAAGUCCAGGGCGGACUUUUGGGAACCAUUCGAUUAUAUUGUGGUCGAGGCGUCCGUAGACUCGACGGUCCAGGACGCAGACGAAACUCAAUUACGUCACGCCCUUCCGUCGUCGCACUGGCAAGUUGCCGAUGUGAUUGAGGGCUUCUCCGGCAUUUCGAUCUUGAAACCAGGCGUCCCCGCAACCGGUCAAGUGGAGCAGCGCAUCAUGUCCACAAUGGGUGGUGAAGCCAUCUAUGAUCUCUACGCUCGGGUCAGGGAUCUCAUGAGAAAGCUCGUGUUGCGAGGAUGGUGGGUUGAACUUAAAAUGCAGCCGAGAAUCAAGGUUCUCAAGCGAAUUCGAGACGAGUAG